AAUGUCACCCGCGGAACACACUGAAGUUAAUCUGCUCUUCUGUCUGAUUUGUGGUUAAAGCUGGAAGGGAUACAGCUGCGGCUAUGUGCAUUUACAUAUCUUCUGAGCCGACAAUAUAACGUGAAACCUAUGAAAAUGGUUUUGAAAAAGUACAUAGCGCCAUAGUUUCAUCACUUUAGAGUGACGCAGUGACCGUCUUUUUGCAGUAAAGGACCUGUCAUAGUUUAAAGAGCAGGAAGAUGACAUGAAGCGACGCGAGGAGAGCUGCACUGAAAACAGAUGAGCGCACAUGUGCAUAUAUACAGCUCACGUUCAGGGUUACGUUCACGAGAUUGUGUCCACAGAAUGAUAAGAUGUUUUAACAUAUUAUUGUAUGAUUUAACACUCAGUACAGUACCGUUGCUCCGUAUACGCAGAGUACGCAGUUUGCGUAGGGCACCAACUCCCAGGGGGGCACCAUGCCAGUUGCUAAAACAAAAAACAUGACGCGCCAUUCCCGCAUCCGCGCCGGCGCCCGCUCGCACCUCAUGUUUGCGGCUGAAUACUAAUGAUCAUAACUGAUGGACAACUAUGUCCGUGAAAAGACAUCAGCAGUCCGGCGCCAAGGAAAGAAAAAAAAAGAGAAAAAGAUGAAAACGAAGCCCGUGCGUCACUUUCAGCUCUUACCAGGAAGAGACGGACGUGUUUCUGCUUUCUGUCACACUGACUCUCUUCUCUACUGACAAAAGCAAUAAAGAAUCAGCCAUCAGUGAAGAACCAAGAGAAACACUUUACAGAAGGAUCUUUGUGAAGUUUGUUUCUGAAUAGACAGCAGAUGUUUGUGAUUCUGGUGGUGAUUCAUUCUUUAAACUGUUGUUCAGAAAGUGAAAGUAAAGUUUAGAUCGCUGGAGCUCAAAGACUGAAAAUGGCUUCACUAUCUGAAGAUGAUUUUUCUUGUCCUGUAUGUCAUGAAAUCUACAAGACUCCUGUUGUUUUAUCAUGUAGUCACAGUUUCUGUAAAGAGUGUCUUCAACAGUUCUGGAGAACCAAGAAGACUCAGGAGUGUCCCGUCUGCAGGAGAAGAUCCUCAAGAGAUGAACCUCCAUUUAAUCUCGUGUUAAAAAACUUGUGUGAGUCGUUCCUGAAGGAGAGAAAUGAGAGGCGUUCAUCAGGAUCUGAGGAGAUCUGCAGUUUACACAGUGAGAAACUCAAACUCUUCUGUCUGGAGGACAAACAGCCGGUGUGUUUAGUGUGUGUGAAUUCACAGAAACAUGAUAAUCAUAAAUUCAGACCCAUCGAUGAAGUGGUUUCAUCAUAUAAGGAGGAGCUGAAUAAAGCACUGAAAUCAUUUCAGGAGAAACUUCAACACAAUGAAAAAAUGAAAGGAGAGUUUGAGAAAACAGUUCGACACAUCAAGUCUCAAGCUGAGCACACAGAGCGUCAGAUUAAACAGCAGUUUGAGAAGCUUCAUCAGUUUCUCAGAGAUGAAGAAGAAGCUACAAUCACUGCACUGAGGGAGGAAGAGGAGCAGAAGAAGCAGAUGAUGAAGGAGAAGCUGGAGGAGAUGAACAGACACAUCUCAGCUCUUUCACACACAAUCAAAGACAUGGAGGAGAUGAUGAAAGCCAGUGACGUCUGCUUUCUGAAGGAGUUUCCAGUCUCAAUGGAAAGAGUCCAGAUCUCAUCACAGCCGGAUCCACAGACGCCUUCUGGAGCUUUGAUUCAUGUGCCACGUUACUUGGGCAACCUGCCCUUCAGAGUCUGGAAGAAGAUGCAGGACAUCGUCCAGAACAGUGAGUCUGACUGCAGAAGAUACACACACACUGGAAAUGAUGCAAUAUUGACAGAUUUCAGCAUUAUGUGUGAAGAACCAGAUCAUCUACUGCACCAAAAUCAGCAGCUCGCUUUAGAAAGGGGUGUAAAAAGUACUCAAAAAUUAAACUCAAGUUAAAGUACGGAUACUCUGUGAAGAUUUUACUUAAUUAAAACUGCAAGUAAAUGGAAAUGAAAAUGCAGCACAGAGGAGCACAAAACAUCCUUGCU